CUGGGAUAACACACUGAAUAGACGAGUGUUUUGUUUUCUCUUACAGGAAGUCGAAAAGAGACGUCUGUCAAGAUGUCGGAGCCCAGUGACAUAGUGGAUGGUGCGGAAAGGGUCCUGACACUGGAGGACCUUAUUGCGGCCAUUGACAGGCAUGAGAAGACGUCAAGCAAUGUCCCAAAAAUUGAUACCUUCCACUUCAGUGGGGAUAGCGUCUCAGAUUGGCUGGAUCUGGUGGAAAAAGCGAUGGUGGGUCUGUCAGAUGAGGUGAAGUUCCAGCAAAAUUUGAAAUACGUACUUCAUGGGCAUCAUCAAGAAGUAGGAAAGGUUGUGGAAGCCGCUCACGGUAGCAGGGCAAGGUUCAGAGAUGGCAUGCAACGCAAGUAUCGGUUGGGCGAUGGAUUGCUGACCACCACAGACCUCGAGGCCAUGAACAAGGACGAUUUCACUACGAUAGGGGCGUUUGUGCAAAAAUUCAAGAAAAGGGCGAGGAAAGUUCAUGGGAUCUCGGAAGAGGCACAAUGUGUCAUCUUUCUGGGACUGCUUACAGCGUCAGAGGCCUCCGAAUUGACAAGCCAUGGAGGGGGCAGUGCGAAACUUACCAGGGCCACUAUUGAUAAGGGAGUAGAGGAUGGGAGUCUGGACCAGGUAGAGCAACAUCAGAUGCGCUUGCAAAGAAGGAAGAGAAAGGAAAGGGACGCCACUGCGUCAGGACACCCAGGGGUAAAGAGGAUUGUUACGGAUGUACUGGAGGAGCUGGGCUAUGACAAGGACGCCGAGGUACAGAAAAAGGUGGUGACCGUAGUCCAAGGCAGGAGUAAGGAGGUAGGGGAAGAAGAAACCAGACAGGAAGACUACGGCGAGGAGGAGACAGGGUCCCAAGUUCUCACCAAAGCCCAGGGCAAGCAGUGCAAUUUGCUGCUAGGGGGACAGGGCUCUGGAAAGGGACAGAUCCCGCAGGCAAUCGUUGCGACGCCAGCCGCCGCCGCCACUGCACAUAUGUCGGCAGGGCCCUCACAAAUGGGGCCGCCGCCAGCAUAUGGUCCUUGGAUGCCUUAUUGUCAAUUGGCACGCUGGCCCAAAUGUGAUCACCGCAGCUCGUGUGGGGGAGGCCAAGCUCCCCCAGGACAGUUGGUCCCAUAUCCGGGCCCAUCGAUGAGUGCAGGGCCCCCAAGUUUCCCAGUGACCCAAGGCCAGUUCACGGCCCAGCGUCCCCUUUCGCAGCAAGCUUCGCAGGCUAGCGUGGCGGGAAGAGGAGGUCAAGGGCAAGGAGGACAAGGCAAUGGUGGUCGAGGACAAGGAGGUCAAGGGGGUGGCUGCCGAGGACGGAACGGCGGGGGACGUGGUAGCGGAUGGAAUGGCCAAGGAGGCCAGAGCCAAGGCAACCAAGGCAGUCAAGAAGGGGGUCAGGGAUAUGGGAGGCCCCGCUUUGAUUGGCGAAAUGUCGUCUGCCGACAUUGUGGCAUUGUGGGCCACACUAUACGAUUUUGCCAGCAGCGGCGGGACGAUGAGCUUGCCGGUCUAAUCUUCACAAACAUGGAUGGGGAUAUAUAUGAUAAAUUUGGGCAGUAUAUUGACCCAAAGAUUCCAGGUGGAGUUAGACAAGAAGCCCAAAGGCGCGCAACGGCUGGGUCAGCGUCUCCGGUGAUGUUUAGACUGUGGCAAGAAAGGGAGGACCCGCCCGUGAGGAUUGAAGAGGUUACGGGGGAGAGUGAGGAAGUGACCCAACGACUAAAGGUUGAAACUAUAACGGAAGAGUCGAUAGUCGUUGAGUCAGAUGACGAGGACUUAAGGGAGGUGGAGGCGUCGGCCAUAACAAUCCUGAAAAAAAUGGAGGACUUGUUGGAGAAGAAGGUGGGAAGAUACCAUCAAAGGCUGAAGGAGUUAUGUGAUGAGGCCCAGGAAUGGAAGGCCGACCUCCCCAGAGUCUUCCUUUACGAGUCCGGACCGGGAUCAGCGUCAGGGCAGCAAGGCUACCCCGGGGUCGCGACGAUGGGGUCGGGCCGUAGGUCAGGGAUGACGUUUAGGCCACCUACCCCGCAUGGGUGGGCACCGCAGGCAGCACAAACCAGGAGCCAAAGUAAGGUUGGUCCUAGUCACGCGCCGAGUCAGGUACCUCCUCGAAGGAGAGCGGAGCCAGAGCGUAGGAAGGAAGUGGUAGAGGUCCCGGAAGAAGACGAAGAGGAGGAUGAUGAGACAGAGGACGAGAGGCUCCGUCAAGAGGAGGAUCAGCGGACGGAAUUAAGAGCCCAAAGGAGAGGGAUCCAGGAGGAAGUUGAGCCAGAUGUAAACAAGGCUAUGGAGAUAGUGGCAGCACACGAGAUGGCAGAUCCAGAGGCGAUCAAGGCGCUGAGGGAGCAAGUCUUGGAAAGCCCUCAGGUGGGGGAAAUGGAGUUGAUCUAUCGGCUUCCUAGAGGAAGAGGCGGUCCUGCGACGGCAUAGGCACAAACAACAAGCCGACCUUUUUUAGGGGAUGGCUUAAGCAGGGCGCCCAAAGGCGGUACAAGACGGUAGAUGAGAAGU